AUGUAUAAGACAAGUCAAGACCACCUUGAAUUAUUUUUCGGCACAGUUCGAGCAUUGGGGGGUUUUAAUAAUAAUCCUACCUCUCGCCAAUUUCAGUCGGCUUACAAAAAGCUGGUUAUACAUUCAAACAAUGUCGAAAACCUCAAUACAGGUAAUUGUAUCCCUCUUGAAAAUAUCGAUAUACUUCAUUAUUCAAGUUCAGACCCAAUUAAAACAAUUAAUAAUAGCACUGAAAGUCAUAACAUGGAUUCUAUUUUGUCAGAAGAAAAUAUUCAAGAGGUUGAUUCAUACAUUAAUGAUCAUGAUUAUAUAUAUACACAAAAUAUGUAUAACUUCUCUAGUUUUUCAAAAGAAAUCAUAAUUUACAUUGCUGGAUUUGUUGUUCACAAGUUGUCUUCAACGAUUAAGUGUGACAAAUGUUUAAAAUCAUUAUGCUCAAAUGAUAAAGAAUCAUUUUUAAACUCUCUCAUUACAUUGAAAAAUAAAGAAGGCAAUAAUGGAGGACUAAAUUAUCCCAGUGACGACGUCAUUACUAUUUGCUUACAAACAGAAAAAUUUCUCAAAUCUUUUAACUACGAAAAUCAUCAAGUUAACACAUUAUUUUUACAAUCUAAAGUCCUAUAUCAUUUUUUUAACUCUAACAUAUUCAGUUCAUUAAAAUCCCAUAGUUUAGAAAGUAAUAGCCCUUUGACAGAUCAUGUAACAUUAUUAAUAAAAUCUAUUUCAUUUACAUACAUAAAACUGAAAGUAAAUUAUAAUUUAAAAUCACAUAACGAUAAACCGUCCCUUAGAAUGUGGUAUAAUAAAAUAACUUUUUAG